AUGGUGAGGUUACAAGCGAUGGAGAAAUGGGGGAUCCAUAUAAUAGCCUUACUUUCAAAAAGAAAAGAGUUGAAGAAAUCUAAGGAUACUAAUCCAUCUCAUUGGAAUAAAACUCUGGCAUUGAAUACAUGUGAUAAAUUGCAUGAUUGGAGAAAUGGCCCAUCAUCCAACUUUAAACGCUUUAGCCGCAAGGAGAUAAGAAAGGCAACUGAUGAUUUCAGUACAAUUAUCGGCAGGGGUGGAUUUGGCAUCGUUUAUAAAGCUCGAUUCAAUGAUGGUCUUGUUGCUGCUGUGAAGCGGAUGAACACGAUUGCUCAACAAGAUGAGUUCUGUAAAGAGAUGGAAUUAUUGGGUCGGUUACAUCAUCGCCAUCUGGUCACGCUGGUGGGAUUUUGUGCAGAGCGACAUGAAAGGUUCCUUAUCUAUGAAUACAUGGAAAAUGGAAGUUUAAAAGAGCAUCUUCAUGCUCCCACAAAAGCUCCAUUGAGCUGGCGGAUCAGACUUAAAAUUGUGAUAAAUGUGGCUGCAGCUGUGGAGUAUCUGCAUUUUUACUGUGAUCCUCCUUUAUGUCACAGAGACAUCAAAUCCAGUAACAUUUUGUUGGAUGAGAAUUUCGUUGCAAAGGUAUCUGAUUUUGGCCUUGCUCAUGCUUCGCGAAGUGGUGCUAGUAAAUUUGAGCCAAUUAAUAUAGAUGUUCGCGGGACUCCAGGAUAUAUGGACCCAGAAUACCUUGUUACCCAGGAAUCAACAGAAAAGAGCGAUGUAUGUAGUUUCGGUGUGUUGCUGCUUGAAAUUAUCACUGCUAGACCAGCAGUUGAAGAGAACAAGAACCUGGUGGAAUGGGCCCAAAAAUUCAUUUUGGAAGAUUCUAACUUAUCUCGGAUGGUGGAUCCUAAUCUGGAAAAUAUAUAUGAUUAUGAAGAACUCCAGUGUCUUGUCAACAUUGUAAGAAUGUGUACACAAAGGGAGGGCAAAUCACGACCUUCUAUAAGGCAUGUUCUCCAACUUCUGUAUGAUAGACUAGACAUUACGUGUCCAAACUCUGCAUUGAUAGCUCUAGAAGAAGAUGAAGAUAAAGAUGAUGAAUCCAAAGCCAUUCACAGAAACAAGAGGAAGAUACAAAUGGAGCCAUUUACAGAUGGAAACGACUUUAGUGGUGAAGUCAGGUGCAUGGACUCUUCUCCGAAUACUUCCCAAUCUUAUUGUAGCAAAAGUUUUCUCCUCGACUGUACCUCACCUGGAUCUUUUCGGAGGAACCGGGAUCCCUAA